AGUCGGGGCGCUGCCUGCCGAGCAGGUCCUGCCCGCCUUGCUGGAGAGGAUGCCCCCGUGUCCGUGAUGGGCUGUGGGACAAGCAAGGUCCUCCCUGAGCCGCCCAAGGAUGUCCAGCUGGACCUGGUCAAGAAGGUGGAGCCCUUCAGUGGCAUCACGAGUGAUGUGUACAAGCACUUUAUCACUGAGAUGGGGAGCGUUGGCCCUUUCAAAGGCAGCUCCCCAGCCUCUGGUCAGCACGCACAGCCCUGCCCCGGUGCCCCCCCCACCGGGCACACUGAGCCUACGGCAGAACCGCCUCGCAAGGGCAGGGUGGCCAAGUACAGAGCCAAGUUUGACCCACGAGUGACGGCCAAGUAUGACAUUAAAGCGCUCAUCGGCCGAGGCAGCUUCAGCCGGGUGGUGCGCGUGGAGCACCGGGCCACCCGGCAGCCGUAUGCCAUCAAGAUGAUUGAAACCAAGUACCGGGAGGGGAGGGAGGUGUGCGAGUCAGAGUUGCGGGUGCUGCGGCGGGUGCGCCAUGCCAACAUCAUCCAGCUGGUGGAGGUGUUUGAGACGCAGGAGCGGGUGUACAUGGUGAUGGAGCUGGCCACAGGGGGAGAGCUCUUCGACCGCAUCAUUGCCAAGGGUUCCUUCACUGAGCGUGAUGCCACACGGGUGCUACAGAUGGUGCUGGAUGGUGUCCGUUACCUGCAUGCCCUGGGCAUCACGCACCGAGACCUCAAGCCUGAGAACCUGCUCUACUACCACCCGGGCACAGACUCCAAGAUCAUCAUCACCGACUUCGGCCUGGCCAGCGCCCGCAAGAAGGGCGAUGACUGCCUGAUGAAGACCACCUGCGGCACGCCCGAGUACAUUGCCCCCGAGGUCCUGGUGCGCAAGCCCUACACCAACUCCGUGGACAUGUGGGCGCUGGGCGUCAUCGCCUACAUCCUCCUCAGCGGCACCAUGCCCUUCGAGGAUGACAACCGCACCCGCCUGUACCGGCAGAUCCUCAGGGGCAAGUACAGUUACUCGGGGGAGCCCUGGCCCAGCGUGUCCAACCUGGCCAAAGACUUCAUUGACCGGCUGCUGACGGUGGACCCUGGCGCUCGCAUGACUGCACUACAGGCCCUGAGGCACCCGUGGGUGGUGAGCAUGGCAGCCUCGUCAUCCAUGAAGAACCUGCACCGCUCUAUCUCCCAGAACCUCCUCAAGCGUGCCUCCUCGCGCUGCCAGAGCACCAAGUCUGCCCAGUCCACGCGUUCCAGCCGCUCGACGCGCUCCAACAAGUCCCGCCGCGUGCGAGAACGGGAGCUGCGGGAGCUGAACCUGCGCUACCAGCAGCAGUACAACCGUUGAGCCCUGCCGUGUUGAUGGGUGGUCCUGGCCUGGCCACGGCUCGGCUGCGCUUGCCGAGCCGGGCACCCUCUCUGGAGAGGCCUCCCUGGCCACAGGCCGGUGGAAAGCAACCCCAGUCCCCUCUUUGUCUUCAACUGCCUCCUUCCCCACUGUGCCUGCUACCAUGGAGUCGGGGUGCCCGAGGGGUACUAUGGACCCCUGAGCUGAUGCCCUUUAUGGUGGGCACAUGUUCUGGUGACAGUUUGGGGCAGGAUCAGGGACUGGGAUUCACACUCUACUUCCACGGCUCUUCCCCCAACCAAAGGCCAUGCCAUGCUGGCUGGAGGGUGUCCUGUAGCCCACAACUCCAUGUCACAUCUAACUCUGGUACACCCCUCCCUCCACAGGGCCUCUUCCUUGGCCCCUGCAUCUCACAGCAAGGGGUUCUGCAGUGGGAGGCUGAGCCGGGCAGUACAUGGGCAGUGAGUGGGUCUAACCAGCAUGCUGCCGACCAGCCCAGGUACACCUUCCAUCAGGGUUCACGGCACACCUGGCCCCAGGACUGCCAGGGCCUCUGGUAGUAGGCCGUGGCCUAGCCCUUGGCCCUUUUGAACUGUGUGGUCAUCUGUUGGCCUGUGGCUGACUUGCCCCUGGCUCAGCCUUCUUUGAUCAUGAGAGGACCUCCACCCAUCCCCCUCAUGCCUCUGCAGAGCCUCCACCCCCUCCCUCACCCACUGGAUGCCACCUCUCUUCCCAGGUGCCUCUUUCCCAACUGUGGAGGGUUUAAGGGAGCCCCACUGCUGCUACCUGGGAGUGGGAGCACCUGGCUGCAGCAGAGGGUGGGGUCUUGGGGAACCCCAUUAGGAUUCUUGUUGGCCCUCCUGCUGUUCCUGCCUCCACCCCCAGCUGCAAGAAGGCGCCAUCUAGUGUCUGGAAUGGGUAUUGGUUGUCCUCCGAGGGGAGGUGGGACAGGAGGAGCUGCUGCAUUACUGAGGGUCCUCGGGGUCGUUCAGCCCCCCUUUCUGUUGAGCUUCCGUGCAGUGCCCCCUGGAACUUAGCCAUACUGUGUGACCUGUCUCUGAACACUCUGACAGCUGGCCAAGCCUGCCCAGCCUGUCCUCUCCCUCCACAGCAUUACUCUGGCUAGAAGGGGGCAAGCUCCUCCCUCUCACAGCUGCUGCUGGGGGUAGGUAGGGUCAGAGUCUCAGCCUGAGCUGGACGUCGCGCCCUGCCAGCAGGGAGGGCUUGGCCCCUACUCAGCUCAACCACUCUGACAAGUUGCCUGUGCCUUCCACACUCCUCCCUCUGCCCCCCAGCCCCGAGGGAGGAGAGCCUGGCCCCUCACUUCCCCUGAGGGCCUUUGUGCCUGAAGCUCUGGGGACUCCUUACCCCUGGGCCCAGGCUAGGCCUGGUCCUGAGGGUAGGACAGGGCAUCUGGAGACUUGGGCCUUGGCUAGCCCCCCUGCCUUGGGUUUCUGGGCUGAGAACGUGCACUUAUCUUUUUGGUGUACUCAUUUGUAAAGGAGUCCUCUGUACUCAGUAAAACAGGCUGCCUCCCCAGGCAGGCCGUCCACUGC